AUGGAUUUCAGAAAGAUUCAGAAGAAAAGAUAUCACAGGGAUUAAGAAAUGAAGAUCUCUCUCCAGAAGUAAGCAUGUCUCUGGGUGCCCUUCUGGAGGAUAUAAUAAUGGUUCCAAAGGAACAGACAACACAAGAUAUAUUUCCGCAUGUUUUAGAAGACUGCCAGAGAACCUGCAUGGCCAUUAUUGACACAGACAGCAAAGAACAUUCCCCUAAUAAUGAUACAGAUCUUUCACUGACACCCCCAGGGAAGAUUUUCAUGGAAGCAUUCACCAAACAGAGUAUGGAGACUGGUGAAUUUGAAAUGAGUGAUUUGUUGAGAUCCCUCAGUGAUUCUGAGAGUCUUAAAAUGAAAAACUUGUUGCCUAACAAGUUAAAGUGUCAGGGUCAUUCCUUUUGCAGUGAUCCAUCAGCAGAUGAGAGCAGUGAUGCCCUGCCACUACAGCUUGUGACAGCUGUGAAUGCCUUGUCAGGAUCUGUAGUACAACCUGACACUCCUAUAGUGCCAAAUAAGAAACUCCUUAACACCGAGGGAGAGCAGUUAAAUUCAGAACCCAGUAUUCCCCAGUUAGAUAAUGACUGUACCCAAAUAAUAAAUGUGAUUGAGCCUCAACUUGCUACAGUUCAGGUGGAAGAAAUAAAAGCCUUAACAGGACCUAACUUGCAGAGGACAACAAAUGAGCAAGUAUGUACACAAUUUAGUUAAUAUUUGAAAAUUUAUGCUUAUCAUAAAAUAUUUUAUAGAAUAGCCACAUUACUUGGAGAUAUGAAUCUUAGUAAACUAGCAUCAAUAAUUUACAAGUUUAAUACAUUCCUGUUGUUUUUGUUUUAAAGGUGAAGUAGUGUUUUUCUGUUUUGAUAUAUCCAUGUUAUGAAAGUGGCUGAAUUUGCUGGUAUGGGAAGUCCUAGUAAAGUUAGUUCCGUGACUGACAUGGAAAUCUAUAAUCAGCAUGGGAGUUUCAAAAACUCCUGGUCCCCUUGUACAUCAUUUAUGUCUUGAAUUCUCUCCAAGGAAAGUUCCAGAACACUAUUCUGUUAUUUCAUUGUAGCACACUGGCAUAUACCAGCCAGUUCCAAUUCUGGGUUUCUGCCCCAUCUGUUUCUGGAUUUUCCCCAAACUAUAAUACACUCUUCUCUGCUAUCAUAAUUCUUAUUGCU